CCGAGCAAAACCCGCUGGUGCUGGCAGGCUGGCCCUCAGCUCUGCUUUCCUAGGAGGAACCACCAUCAAAGGGAACUUUGACAAAGGUCCACACUUCAGCUCCUGGCAAUGGGCUGCUUCUCGGGAUAUGAGAAGUGACAGCCCCCUAGACGAUGUCCUGCCACCAGCACACCUGCAAACUCCAGCUCUUGCUUUUGGCCCUGAGGCAGUCCAUCAAACCCAAAGCACAUCCCAUGGGACAUGCCCAAGAGGAAGAGAGGUGCUUUUCAGUCAUGGAGCUGCUCUCCUAAGCAUGAGGAGGAUCAUGCUUUCCUUCCUCUGCUUACUGAUGCACCUGCUUCAGGAUGAGACAACUUCGCUUUUAGUUUUGGGAAACCAAGACCUGCAAGAUUCGAUUAAGCCGCAGAAGGUAGAGUUCCAUUCGUUAAAUUUCAACACCACUUUGCAUUGGCAGCCUGGGUGGGCCAGAGAGGCCAGAGAUGCGCUCUACUUUGUGCAGUAUAAAGUGUAUGGGCAGAGCACAUGGCAAAACAAAGACGAGUGCUGGGGGAUUUCAGGCCAUGUCUGUGACCUAACACAUGAGACCUCUGACAUCCAGGAGCCUUACUACAGCAGAGUGAGAGCAGCCCUGGCUGGUGUCUAUUCCAGCUGGAGCCUCAGCUGCAGAUUCACUCCUUGGCGAGAAACUAUGAUAGGACCUCCAAUGGUCACUGUGGCUCAUAGCAAUAAAUCCAUAACAGUAAAGCUCCAGGCUCCACGUUCUCCUUAUAGAAGGAAGAGAGGCAGCAAAAUACCAAUGACAAACUAUUAUGAUCUGCUGUAUCAAGUCUUCAUAAUUAACAACUUGUUAGAUGAGCAACACAGGGUCCUGGUGUAUGAAGGGAAAGACAAGGUUAUUAAAAUAGAAGAUUUGAGGCGUGGAGUCAGCUACUGCAUCGUGGCUAAAAUGUACAUGCCAAUGCUGGACCACAGCAGUGCCUACAGCAGCAGGCAAUGUACCGUGCUGCAGUGACAGGGCUGGCACCUCUGAGACAGGGAUAAUGGCAGAAGAUGCCUUCCAUCACAGGUCCAGCUGUAAAUCAACAUCUGCUGUCUAUGUCUGGAAUACAUACUUGGAUACUUUUUAAACUAAACUUUGCUGCAUUAAAUUAUUUGAUAAUUUGAUCACAAUCCUUUUAUGCUACAUGAAGGAGUCUUUGUAUGUCCCAUAUUACGAUUCAUGAUGGUAUAUAUUUGCAUUUUCCAAGGUAACAGACUUGUAAUAUAAAAAUGAAACCAUUAAAAAAGUCUUUGUGGAAA